GUCAAUUCGUCGUGCGGUCACACUGCUUGGUGGAUGGUGGUCGAAAAAAAGUUGUUAAAAGCGCAGAAAAAACGAAUAAUAAUGCAAGUGCUCCAGUGACUGUGAAAACGAAGAUGUCACCGUUUGGAGCAAUUUCCUCGCAGCGAGUCCCACAACAAUAACAAACAAGAAGCGCCAAUGAUGUGAUGCAGCAGCCAAGGUUGAGUUCGAAAAACACAACCUUCAAGUAGUCUAGGCCACCCACAAAUCACCUGGAAACCCCGGAUUAAAUCCAUGAUGAGCUGGCUGCUGGGUCUCCUGGGGCUACAGGUCCUGUUCCUCUGGCUCCUGUUGCUGCCCGGCGAGAUACUGGCCAUUCCAACGCCGCUCAAGUUGCCAGGCUACACCCACAGGCUGACGCCCUACAUCAAGCACUGGGAGGCGGCGAACUUCGAUCGCGGUGUGCUGCAGGCAGCACAGGUCAGGCACCUGGAGCAGGCUCGCUUUCGGCGGAAGCGACAGGUGAGGACGGAGGACGCCACCACACCGAGUGGUCUGGCGCAUACCAUCCGCUUGAAUUUCUCCGCCCACGACAGAGAUUUUCGCCUGGUGCUGCGUCAACAGCCGCAUUCGGUGUUCGCCCACGACGUGGAGAUCGAAAAUACUCUGGGUCCCAUCGAUUACGAUGUCUCACGCAUUUACACCGGAAGCCUGGAGGAUGACGAGGCGGCCCAUGUCCAGGCGAUCCUCACCAGCGACAAUCUGCUGGACGGGACGAUAGAGACCCAGGCGGAGCACUAUUACAUCGAGCCGGCGCAACGAUACUCCCAGCAGCUGGCCGAGAGCGGUGUCCACAGCAUAGUGUAUAAGUUAAGUGAUGUAAAUAUGCAAAAGACGCAAUUCACCGGAGGAGGAUUAAACUCAGCAGCUCCUGCCAAAACGCAUUGCGCCAGCGAAAAACUUAGGAAAAAGCGCUGGCUGCCAGAGGAGUUGGCCAUGUCGGAUGCUCCAGCGCCAACGUACAAUCGCAAUCCGCCCCUGCCGCUGGAUUUGGAGGUGCCCUACAACGACGAUUUCCGCGUCCUGGCCUCCGAGGAGGACAAGAGCGAGGAGUCGCCGAGAAAGUACCCGACCACAUCCACAACCAGGAGCACUGUGCGCAGUACGGAGAGCUUUUUGGCUACGCUGGCUAAACCCACGUCGAAUCGCAACAUACUUGUAAAUAACUACAAUCCCUCCAAUGUCGGCGAGGGAAGUCGCAGCUACAGCAACAGCAACAACAAUGCCAACAGCAAUAAUAACAACAACAACAAUAAUAAUAAUAAUAGUAAUAACAAUGUGCGGAAGUUGUACACCAAACACAAGAACAUUAUUGUGAGCACGUACAAUCGACCCAUCGAACCGGAAUUCGGAACGCCCUACGAGGAACCGAAUAACAAUGGUACCCGCGACCUGCCUAGUAACUUCUUCAACGCCAAUUGGACGACGCUCUUUCUAGGAAAUAACAACAAUGGCAAUGACCGACCCAGCCACAAAACGCACGUGGAGAUCAUCACCAAAAACGGAGCCACAAAGAAGCCAAAUAUCAUUGUUAACAACUACAAUCCAGAGAUAAUAUUCGCCCCCAAUCCGCACAACCCUAGUUUUAACAGCAUGUUGAUGACGAAUCUGCUGAGCGGAAGGGGCGGAGAGGAUAUCCAUAGUUCUCCAAGACUGCUCUACGAUCGCAAGACCACUUGCAUGUUGUAUCUGCAGGCGGAUCACACGUUCUUCCAAAAAAUGGGUUCGGAUGAGGCGUCCAUAGAGGCUAUCACUCGACACGUUCAGCGGGCCAAUACCAUCUACCGGAAUACUGACUUUAACAACGACGGCAAGCCGGAUAACAUCACCUUUAUGAUCAAGCGCAUCAAGGUGCAUAACAUGAACGCAAUGAAGGAUCCCAGCUACCGAUUCCCAGGCAAUUAUGGAGUCGAAAAGUUCUUGGAACUGUUUUCAGAGGAGGACUAUGAUGCCUUUUGCUUGGCGUACAUGUUCACCUAUCGUGAUUUCGAAAUGGGAACUUUGGGAUUGGCUUGGACUGGUGAUCUUAAGAAUGCUGGCGGAGUGUGCGAAAAGAAUGGGCAUUACAGGGGUUCUCUGAAGUCCCUAAACACGGGUAUAGUCACUCUGUUGAACUACGGAAAGCAUGUUCCACCUGCAGUCUCCCACGUGACACUGGCACACGAAAUCGGCCAUAAUUUCGGAUCACCGCACGACCCGGAGCAAUGUACUCCUGGCGGCGAGGAUGGCAACUUUAUCAUGUUCGCCCGCGCCACUUCGGGUGAUAAGAAGAACAACAACAAAUUCAGCACCUGUUCGCUAAAAUCAAUAGAGCCCGUGCUAAAUGCCAAGGCACGUUCCAUGAAGGGAUGUUUUACGGAGCCGCAGUCCUCAAUUUGUGGCAACGGUGUAGUGGAGCCGGGCGAGCAGUGCGACUGCGGUUGGGAGGAGGACUGCAAGGACUCAUGCUGUUUUCCCAUGUCAAGGCAACCGCGUCUGGACGAAACCCCCUGCACCCUAACACCCCACGCCCGCUGCAGUCCUUCGCAAGGACCCUGUUGCACCACCGACUGCAAACUGAAGUUUGGCGAUAAAUGUCGGGAUGAUAACGGCUGCAGGGAUCCCUCGUUCUGCGAUGGACGCGUGCCCCAGUGUCCUCCGUCGGUAAACAAACCCAACAAGACCAUCUGCAACAAGGAGUUCGUCUGCUACAUGGGCGACUGCACGGGCAGUAUUUGUUUGGCCUAUGGUCUGGAAUCGUGUCAGUGUAUUCCGGGACCCCAGGACGACCGAAUCAAGUCCUGUGAGCUGUGCUGCAAACUGCCAGGGGAGGAUAGUCCCUGCCGAAGUUCCUUCGAGUGGAAUGAGGCUCCCUUCGAUGUGCCCGACAUGUACUCAAAGCCGGGAACACCUUGCAAUGACUAUAAUGGAUACUGUGAUGUAUUUCAAAAGUGCAGAGAGGUGGAUCCGUCCGGUCCACUGGCGACUUUGCGAAAGCUUCUGCUUUCCGAGGAGAGCAUAGCCAGCUUUAAGAAGUGGAUGCAGCACAACUGGUACACCGUUGCUUUAGCUGCCGUUGGCGUUAUCCUGCUCCUGGCGCUGAGCACAAAACUCCUGGCGAAACGCUCGAAUCUGAAGCUUAAGUCCGUGACCAUCAUUCAUAGUGCCACCACGGAAACAGUGCGUCUGCCGGAAAACAACAACGGCGUGAUAGUGCACACAGCCGUAAGAACCAAGGUACCAUUCAAAAAGAAGGUUCGUGGCGAGAGAAGCAAAAAGCCAGGAACAGGAGCAGUAGCCGGAGCAGGAGUAACAACCACCGGUGCAGUUGCCUCUCGAAGUGCAGCCAAAAGCAGUGCCAACCAAGAGCAAAAGAAGAGCACCAGAGGGCAAGGGAUGGCCAAGAAGAAAUCCCUCGAGGAAGAGCCCAAGAAAUCCAACAAAAAACUGGGUAAGCACAUGAAGGAGAUCAUUGACUAUUCGCAUCGCAACAACAACGGGGACGAUGCCUCCAAUCUGUCCACCACCAACAAUCAUACGAACACCUUUGGCAAGGUGCAAAAGUGGCUUUUGGAAUCGCCCAUUGUGGCGCAACCUUUGUCCCACAUCGAACACAGUUCCAGGGUUCGCAAGGUGAUGAGUAAAUCACAAUCUACGCCAGAACGUCUGGUGCAAAAGACACCCCAGAAGACCAAGUCCAUGGGUAAUCUGUCCAAUGAGAAGGUCAAACUGCAGGUGGUCUACAAGCCGCCCUUCAAGUUCUCGCUGAGAUUGUCCAAGAAACCCAAAGUCAAAACUCACGUUGUGGGAGCAGGUGGAAGGCCAAAGAGAAGCCAGAAGACUAGCAAUCGAACUGCAGGACAGUCCACAUCGAAGGAUGUAUCCACACGCGCCAAGAGGAGUGCCCUGUUGCUCUGCAAUGAAGCGGAGGAUGAUAACCAGAUACUUACCCUCAACGAACCGAACUACGAGACCUUAAAGCCACCAACACCGCCACGUUCCAUGGAGCACUGCUACGAGAAUGUGGAUAUGCAGGCGGAGGCCUGCAGUUCAAAGCCCAGCAGCAGUAGCAAGGUUGCUCCCAGCUCGCAGAACAGGGCCAGCUUGGAGGUAGCUCCUCAGCAGGCACCCGUUCCAGCCCAGAGGAACUCCUAUCGCAGGUCCAACUCCCUCUCCACCCACAAUCCCUUCGCGGCAGCUCCACGCCGGAGCAGCAGCAAGGCCAGUGGAUCGGUGAACCUCACGCGAAACUUUGGCAGUACUCAGAAUUUGAUUAAUCUCAGUCAGAAUCUGGCGAAAACCAAGAAACGCAGCAGCCUGAACCUAAAGGCCAGCGGUAGUGGCGCAACCAGAAGUGGGAAGGAUCCGCCAACAAUGGCAGUUUCCUCGCCACAAAGACGUUCCUCAUCGAAUGCCAAUCUUCGCAAGGAUAGCAGCGUGUCCUCCACAAAGGCUGUUCCGGUUCCACCGACCAGGAAUUCGAGGAAUAGCUUCAGCAACAUUCCAAGGGCCAGUUUGGGAGGAGGAAACAGCAACUCCAACUCCACAAGCAAUGGGGUGCCGCCCAAUUUCUCACGUCAAUCUUCCAGCAGCACGGCCACCAGCAGCUCCUCUGUCGCUCCAGGAUUGAUAAGCGGAGCGGCGUUGCAGCAAUCCGCAUCCACCAGCGCCAUGCAGCGUCAACCACCCUCGCAGCCCAUGAGGAGAAGCCUCCACAACUUCAGGACACGCUCCACAGGCACCGGAGCGGCAGCAGCAGCAACUGGAAAACCAGGAGCCACAGCUACAGCAACGACAACCGAGAACAAUGAGCUGCCCUCCGAUCUUGAGGUAGUCAUAUCCGAUGUGGAGAACCUCGUUAGCUAAGGGCAGCUAUCCCGUUCCAGUUUCCAAAACCAACCAAGUGAAAGUGAUAAGUCUUAAUGUUAGUUAUACAAAUUGUCGCAUAGGUUUACUUGCAUAACAUAUAUAUAUAUUUGUACAUACAUUAUAUAUAUGUGUACUUUACACUGCCUUAAACUUGCCGUUUCUGCUGAAUAUGUGAAAUACCACGCCCACUCACACGAACAGACAUUCAACCGCAUUCCACACGCCCAUAAAUCCCCCGACCAAGGCUCGCCCCGCCACCUUGAAUGCACCACCACCCGCGCAGCCACCCAACCAAUCACCCACUGAUGCCACCGCAGUCCAAACCGCCAGCCGCACUCACCGCACUUUGUACCUUCUACUGUUUACUGUUUGUAUUGUAUUGUGUAAACUGAAACUUUAGCUAUCUUACUAGUUCCGGUUUCCACAUUUGAUUCAAUUUCGCCAAGUUAAUAUUUCUUAAUUACGAUUUGCGUAGACUUAAAUAAACUAAAGACGUAAAUAAGGCCAAUACAACUUAAUUUCUCGCAAGCAAGCCUUGGUCUAUAAGAGAUAUUAAAAUGGAGAAUUUGAUCAAAAGUUAAUACCGAAAAAAAAGUAUGGGCAGCUAUUCUAUUUCGGUUUCGUAAGAAAAACUAAAUGAGCUUUACUUUAAAAUAUAUGGAUCUCUCAUUGGAUUACAAAGUAAAAAUUGUAUUCCCAGAAACAUAAACAAAACCGGAAUCGAAUAGCUCUCCAUAUUUUUAAUACCUAUGUUUGCCGUAACUUGGCCUAUACUUCUUGUUAUUUUCAAAGCAGUAUUACUGAAAUUGUUAUGUACCUACUAUAUACUUAAAUGCUUAGUUUUCCUGCUCUCAAAAUUUCGAACAACGAUCACUACUCAUCCGAACUACGACGAACACACAGAACAAUACAAGGUGCUAUUUUAGUAACGAACUAAAACGAUAAAAAAUAUUAGCCGAGAACAUUUCAAAAAUCCUUUGCAUAUUUUCUCAAGAUCAAAACUAAGAUAAGAAAGGAAUAGAGGAAGUUUGAAGAUGGUGUAGCCCAAGAAGUAGUAUAUAGAAUAAAAGGGGAGCCGGGGAAAGUUGCAAAUAGAUGUACGGAAUAGAUACAAAGAUAACCAACGAUACUGUCAAUGAAUCAAAAGCAUCAUGCAUCGAAAGUAGUUUUUAGAUAAUGCCCAGCAAAGCCACAUAGAAAGUUAGCCAACCGAACAUUACCAUUAAUCCACCCGAUCCUCUUAACCGCCGGCACCUGAAAACACGCAUCGAUCCCAUAGCAACACUUGCAAUUCCCAGGCCUGUAGUGUACAUAGAAUAUCGAAUGGACAUAGUUUUUAUAUGCAAUACCGAGUUAGAGCAAUGAGAACAAACAAUAAUGACACACCUUACGAUAUUCAUAAAUACUUAGGAUAUAGGACCACAUUCCGUAUCAAAUCACAGAGCAGCGGCUUUCGAGUUACACACUAACACCCCAAAAAUAACGAUCUUUAGGCUAAGGAUAACGAUUGAUAUUUGUAGCUAUAUGAAUGUGUAGGAAAUCAAAGGCGUAUCAAAAAUAUAUACAUACAUCCAUAUGGGGCGUGCAAUAACCAUUGCAACUUUACGAGCAUUUGGGUAUAUUUUUGUGGAAUAUACAAGAUACAAGAUAGAAGACAUAAGCUCAGCUCAAGAAACCGACAACCGACCCAAAAUAUCGAAUAUAGACAGACAGACAGUUAACGCGUUGGCCAGUAAUGAAACGGAGAACGAAAAUAGUUAAACGAGUACGCGACAAUCGCUUUGAAAUGCUUAACAUAAAACAAAAAACAAAUAUUGAUAGUCCCGAAAAAAGAAUUAAAGUUUAGUUUCAACAUUGUCUUGACUUCAUAUUUCAAUAUGGAACUAUACAAAAUAAUGGCAGGCAAGAGUGUUGAAAUUUACCAAAAACAAAUUAUAGCGCUAGGAAACAUCAAAAAUACACCGGAAUGGAAGUUUGUGUAUCUAAUAGAUUUUAAAGUGUGCAAAUUAAAUUUUCCAAAAGAUUUUUUAAAUACUUUUGCUCAAAUUGGAUAACAAAAUUCAAAGGACAUUUAUUCCCAUCCAGUGUAUUUCUAAACGUCAAAUUUUAUGGCCCAGUGUAAUUAAAAAGAUGAAAAAGAUAACAUUUUGAGUAAUGCCAAUGUUUGUGUACUGUAUAUAAUUAAAAGCAAAUGAAUAUUAAGUAAGCGGAUGGAAAAGAGUAUUUUGAGCGUGACAAAAAGACUAUUUAGCGCGAAAUGAACAAUUUUUGUGUAUUGUACAUAAGAAACCGAUUGAUUUUAAUCUAAAUAUACAUAAAUAUUAAUGUAAUUGUAAAACUGCAAACGAUUUUUAAAUCUGUAUGUGUAUUGUGUACCUCAAUUGUAAUUAAUUUUUUAUACUUUUCACGAGAUGGAUUAUUGCUAUUUUUAUAAUUUAGCUAAAUGAAUUAUAACACGUUUGUACGUCUCCUGACCCCCACGAAACCAUCUCCUAUUCCUAGUUAAUGGCCAGUCUUAAAUGUUGUCCAAGCCCGCAUCACCAAUCCAACAACCUACAUAAAUACAUAUGUAAUUUUGUCAAUUAAGAGCGCGUAAAUGUCUUUAAGAAGUCGGAAGAAAAAACGAAACGAAUUGAUGUGGGACAAACAAAACAAAAACCGAAGAGCAAAGAAGUGAAUACUAGCAUUUUACGAUAAAUAUUUUUAAAAACGAUUCAAAACAAUAAUUAACGUAUUAUCAUUAGCGAACAAAAAGCACAUGUGUGACAAUUCAGUUGUACUUUAUGUUACAAUUACUACAAUACUUUAUUUAUUAAUCUUAUUGUUAGGAAAUAACACGAGUGUAACUAAUUUUUAACCCGAACACACACACAUAUGCGAUAUUUUAUAAUUUCCUCAUUUAAGGCAAAAUUCUAUUAACAAUAAAAACGAAACUAAUACUUAA